AUGAGCGAUAUGAGCGAUAUGGUGAGGGUUAUUAAUGCUGACAUCGUUGAUAAUUUUGACACAAUUAUUAUUCCUCAACAAAAUAAUCAAGUACAAUUCAAUGCUGCCCGAUUUAUUACGCAUCCAACUCAAGAAAAUUACAUUAAUACUGAAUGGUAUAUUAAUGGUGUUGCUAUGGAAUUGUCUGUUGAUACCAACAUUUCAAGUCAGUAUCAAGUGGACCAACAAAUUGUUGAUUAUAAUUUUCCCAAUUAUUAUGACCAAUCCUCUGAUCAACAUUUCAAUUUCAACUUUUAA